ACGAAGCUACUAUCAGACUGUCCCCGAAGAUCAACGCGCGCGUACCGUUGUUGUCACACACAUCUCGUUGGAAGUGGCUUAAGUCGGGGGGGCUUAAGUGUUGCUUUCUUUCAGUUUUCUGAGCUUGAAAUAGUUUUAAGUAGACUUUUCGAUACAAUUUGUUUAAACUAAACUAAGUGUUACUUUGUGACCAAAAAGGAAGCUAAGCCAUAAAGUGAAGCAUGGAUCUUCCCUUCUUCUAAUGCACAUGGUCUUCGAUAUCGUCGUCGUCUCCGCGGGCGGUUCGACUGAAGUUCGAACGUCGUUGUUCUUUGUGAGUGUGAAAAAGCAGGGUAAAAAUAGUCAACAAGUGUCAAAUUUAUGCUCCCAAUUACGGCAUGAAAUGAAACGAAACAAAAAGUUUGUUGUGUGAAGUUCAAAGUUAAGCCGAAAAAAUCAUAUAUUACACAGUUAUUAGCACUAAUUAAGAGCUCCCUUGGGGAUCAUAAAUUGUGUAGCUUUUGUAAAAGUGUCGUCACUUUUUAUCUGAAUAAAAAGAGUGAAUAAAAGCUACGGCAGUGAUUCCCGGAUUAAUUAGUGAGAUCAUUACGUCAACCUUUUCUGCUGUCCAGCAGCGCCUAAAUGUAUUGAAGAGUUCAAUUUGCAGGUGAUUUCUGCAGUUCUUAGUGAAGAUAAACACACGCGAAUCGGUCGUUAUCAUUUUUUGUGAGGUAUCGACGGCUGUGACUAAGGUGACGACGCUCGGCGUCCAAGCUGAUAAGAUUGAUUUCUUCUUAUCACUGAGAAGAUGUUAACCCUGGACACCGCUGUCUUUGCCCUGCCCGGACAGAGAUGACUCUGCUGGUGUCGUAAUAGCAGACCCCAGCACCACCACCAAUAGUCGAAAUCUGUGAUAAACUUCCCCAAACUGCGCUCAUCUUCCACCCACCUUCCAAUAUGGACCACCCCCAGGACCAGCAGCACCAGCUGGAGACGCAAUCGCUCAACCCGGUCCCGAACCGGCGAGCCAUCAACGAUCUGCACUUUAACGCCCUCAACACCAACUACAAGAACGCCAACAAGCUGAACAAUAACAACAACAACGGCCAAGCCCAGGUGGUUCAGGGUGAAGACUCGAAGGUGCUACUGCUGCCGUCGAACCACCGGAAGUUUAUCAUCGUUCCGGCGCAACCCGGAAGUGCCAUUGGCGGCGGAGGUAGCACAUCGCCAACCUCGGGCGGAUCGACCUCCCCGAACCAGCAGCAAGCGACGAGCAGCUCGAGCGGGUCACCGCCGUCAGGCAUUCCGGUGGCCAAGUUCGAGAUCGGGGAGAGUUCGGCGUCGACCAGUUCCGGUUACCCGCUGGCCACGGCCGCCUCCAAGCCAAAGCAGUUCCACAGUCUGAGAUCGGUACGUUCCGCCAACGAUCGUUCCGGCAUUGCGGACGCCCACCUGAACCCGGCCAUCGUCCGGACGGGGUCGUACAUCUUUAGCGAUUCCGGCGGGACGCCGCGACUCUUCUCGGACGCCACCUCGAUACGGUCGCUGGCCUCGAUCGGCGUCGGUUCCACCGAUGGCCGCCGGAUGGUGAUCCGCCGGGUGCCCAACUCGCCGACCGAGCUGCUGACCAUCAUCAACCCACCGACACCCCCGGACGAACCGUACGAGAAUGACAGCUACACGGGCAUCUCGGACGACUCGGACAUUGACAACCUCAAGCCCCGGAAGCAGCACUGGGCCAACAAGAUGCAGUUCGUGCUGGCCUGCAUCGGGUACUCGGUUGGCCUCGGAAACGUUUGGCGGUUUCCGUACCUGGCCUACAAAAGUGGCGGAGGUGUCUUUCUCGUGCCGUAUUUCAUAAUUCUGCUAAUCUGCGGCAUCCCGAUGCUGUUCAUGGAGCUUGCCGUCGGCCAAUACACGGGCCGGGGACCGAUCGGCGCACUCGGCCAGCUUUGUCCGCUGUUCAAAGGAACCGGUCUCGCCAGCGUCGUCGUCUCGUUCCUCAUGUCAACGUACUACAGCGUCAUCAUCGCGUACGCCAUCUACUACUUCUUCACGUCCUUCCGGCCGGACCUCCCGUGGACGGAUUGCUCCCACCGGUGGAACACGCCGGACUGCUGGGUCCCGGAACGUCUCAAGCACAACAUCAGCCGGCCGGAAAUGUCCCGCACCCCGACCGAGGAGUUUUUCGAGAACAAGGUCCUCCAGAUAAGUCACGGAAUCGAGUAUCCGGGUGGGAUGCGCUGGGAGCUGGUGGCGUGUCUGAUCUGCGCGUGGAUUCUGGUUUACUUUGCCAUCUGGAAGUCGAUCAAGUCUUCGGCCAAGGUGCGUUACUUGACGGCUACACUGCCCUUUGUGCUGAUCAUCGUGUUUCUGGGGCGAUCGUUGACGCUGGAGGGCGCCGAUAAGGGACUGAACUACUUCUUCCGACCCAACUGGAGUGAGUUGGGGCGGGCUAACGUUUGGAUUAACGCCGCCGCGCAGAACUUCAACUCGAUCGGGAUCGGGUUCGGGUCGAUGAUCUCGUUUGCCAGCUACAACAAAUACAAUAAUAACAUCCUGCACGACACGCUGGCCGUGUCGUUCGUCAACGGGAUCACGUCGCUGCUGGUGGGGAUAUUUGCGUUUGCCACGAUCGGGAACAUUGCGCUGGAGCAGAACACCACGGUGGAGGACGUGAUUAGCGGAGGACCCGGGUUGAUCUUCGUGGUGUACCCGCAAGCGUUGGCCAAGAUGCCCGCGGCCCAGAUGUGGGCCGUUCUGUUCUUCUUCAUGUUGCUCUGUCUGGGCUUGAACAGUCAGUUCGCGAUCGUUGAGGUCGUGGUCACCUCGAUCCAGGACGGGUUCCCGCGGUGGAUCAAACGCAAGCUGGUCUACCACGAACUGCUGGUACUGAUCGUGUGCGUCGUGUCCUUCUUCGCUGGACUUCCCAACCUGAUACAGGGCGGGAUCUACUUCUUCCAACUGAUCGACCACUACGCCGCGUCCAUCUCGAUUAUGUUUAUUGCCUUUUUCGAAACGAUCGCGAUCGCCUGGUUCUACGGAAUUAACCGGCUGUCCAAGAACGUCAAGCAGAUGACCGGAAGGUAUCCGUCGCUCUAUCUUCGCUUCUGUCUGCUGAUCGCCGCACCCUGUCUGCUGAUCUCCCUCUGGAUCUUCAGCUUGAUCAACUAUGAUGCCCCGACGUACCACAACGGUCAGUACGUCUACCCGGGAUGGGCCCACGGACUCGGUUGGGCCAUUACGGCCACCUCACUGGUGUGCAUUCCGGCCUUUGCGAUCUACCAGAUCGCACGAGCCGAAGGCGACACCCUCGGCCAGAAAAUCAUGAACACUCUCAAGCCGAACCUGUACGAGUGCAAGAUUUGCGGCGAGCACCACUGCGAUCACGACUUUCCGGACGAGGACUUUCCCAACCAUGAGAUGGCGCUGGUCGACUCGACAUCCGGGGCGCCGUUGAUCUUGCAGGCACCUCCGCCGGGACGUCCGUACUACAACUACCAGCAGCAGCAGUAUGUGGGUGGCAACGCGGAACGGAACGGCCAAGCCAAUAGUCCAUCCACGGCUGGAGGGGAUGAUCAGCAGGAGGAUCGACGAUGAAACCAGUGUGACAAACAUACAAACAAGGAAACGCUUAUUUAAGAAAAUUCUCACACAAGAAAAAAAACAAAAUGGAACCAACCUUAUAAAAGACAUCUUUGCGAAACCACCCUUAAUCCCCUCACUUCCUCCUCGUAAUAUCUCUAGUUAGUUCAAUUACAUUCAAAGCAAUUAAAUUUCGCCAGUUACUAAACUGUAAGGCUAAGCCUAAGCGUUAAGUAGGAUCGAUCGUUUCGAGAGUAGGAGUUUUUAAAAAAAGGUUAAACCAAUUCGAAUGUGAUGCGAAAAAAUAACACAAAACAAACGGACACGAAAUAAAUAAAAACAAACACUCGCGAGUCAAGUGAAAACAGAAAAAAAAAACACAAUCGGAAAUAAGAAGAAGGCAGACAUUGUGCAAAAAAAAAGAGAAUAUUUUAAUGCGUUGAAAACGAAAAUAUAAAGUUGUAAAUUUUUAUCUGACCCGAAUAAAUCUGUCGUAGUUACAA